UGGGUCUCUGCCCUUCUUUGCGAGUCUCUGUCGCCUGGUUCACUCAUUAUGGGUCUCUUCGUGUCUGUUUCUCGACUGGCCGCUCCCUGUCUCUCUUUGUACAAGUGUCUGACUCUGUUGACAUCUGUGUGUGUCUGUCCCUGCGUCUCUGAGGGUCUCUAUCCUGCUUCCCUGGUCUCUGCCUCCCUCAUCACAUCCACUUGGCCUCAGGCCCUAGCCCUCUCCCUUGUGUUUCCCCAACCUUUGAUGACCACCCAGAAGGAGAGACCAGACCGAAGCUCUGUAUCUCUGCUUGGCUGGUCACUUCCUGGCAUGCUCUAGGAACUUGGCACACAUACGUGAAUUCAUUUCUGGGGCAGCUGUAGUUGAAUGGGGCCUGCUCUGUGUGUUAGAUGUGAGCUCGGCCCAGACCAUAGCUAAUGAUGUUUCCCAUUAAAGCAGAAUGAGGUCAAAGGUAUUUGGCUGCCUAGAUUGGGUGGGACACCAACACCUUAAUCUUGAGAUGUGCCCAGAAAACUUCUCGUGCAGAAUACUGAUAGUGGUUUUCCUCCCAGUGAAUGACACCUCAUUCCAUUUAUGUCUUUUAAGUUUGCCAGGUGCCAAAAGCUUCUGGAACUUAGUGGGCACAACUCUUUACCUUUGAGGAUUUUGCAGUCUUCGUGUUAAAAUAAGAAGACAGGAAUGUAAUAGAAAGCAUGGACUGUGGCGUCAGGCCUCUUUAAUAGCCGUGCGACUAGAAACAGAUCACUUAAUCUUUCUGACCUCAGCUUUUCCAUCUCUGAGAUGGGGAUCAUAAUAUCUACUCUGCAGGGCUGUAUGAGAAUUAAAGGAGAUCAUAUGCGUAAGGCCCUUGGCACUGUGCCUGGCACAGAGGAGGUGCCAUUUGUCUUCCAGUCACCUUGCGGUUUUGAGGUACUAUAACCAGAACAGCUAAGUAUUCAAACCUUGUAUCACUAGGGUUUGUAUGAAGGAAGAAAGGAAAGGAAUGGAGAAACAUUUCCAUUUCCUGAUCCCUUUCCGUGAAUCUUUGGAACAUAACAGCCAAAAAAAUGUACUGAUGUCAACUCUGUGCUUUUCAUACAGGGAUAGAAAGACUCAUGCAACAGAUGUCGGCCAGUGUAGCAAUUAAGAGUGCUGGCCCUGGAGCCAGCCUGCCUGAGUUUGAAUCCACCUCCUGCUAGCCUUGGGCACAGAUUGAUGAAGGAGACAAGUCCUGGUCUGGAUUGCCCCUUAGAGCUUAGGGAGGCCUGAGCCUGGGAGGGCUGGGACUACAGAUCUGGAUUUUGCCACCAGAUGGCAUCAGGAACAGCUGUUCUCAGUGCCCGCUGUCUGCAGAAUUGGUACUCUGGGCCCUUAAUUCAGUUGCUCAGUGUUUGGGCCCUUGGGGCACAGGAUGAGGGUGCCAGUGGGGAUGUGAUGCUAAAAGGAAGGGGAAGCUGGACUGAGGGAACAGCAAGUGCAGAUAAUGCCCAAUUCAUGCCAUACCUUGGAUAAUGGUCACUCCUUCUUCGCCCCAAGGUGGGAUAUGAUCCCAUGUCCAUCUCCCUGGUCUCCACCCCGCCCUCAGAAAGAGCCUAGAGGGCAAGGGAGAAUCUGUAGAGGUUCCAGCCUUCCCAGGCCAUUCCCAGGACUGGGCUCUGCUCCUCCCCAGUGGAAAGCACCAUCACAGGACAGUGGGGGGUAAGUCACAAGUCCUGUGUGUGGGACGUGGGCCUGGCUUCAGGGCUGCUGGCUUCCAUGUUGGCAGUUGUGCCUCUAGAGAAAGGUAGGAGUUGGACUGGCUCUAGUGUGUGACCUAAAGCAUGCCCUGACUGCUUUGACUCUUCCUCUAACUCAGCGAGCAAGUGAGCACGCCCUUGCUAUCUGACCUGGGCUGGGGCCAUAGAAGUGAAUCUGACAUGGUCUGAGCCCCUGGAUACCUAAUGUGGAAGACGGUUGGUGCUUGAAAGAGGACAGUACCAGAUGCCAUGGGAGGAUGAAAGAGGGCUCAGAGAGGUCCAGGUUGUUGGUCCCUGUUGGCCUGCCCCGGAAGUGCUCCUUCUUCCAUCUCUUCAUUGCCUGUCUCUUACUGGGCUUCCUCUCCUUACUCUGGCUGCAGCUCAGCUGCUCAGGCGACGUGGCCCGGGUAGCCAGGGGACAAGGGCAGGAGACCCUGGGCCCACCUCGGGCCUGCCUCCCAGAGCCGCUUCCUGAGCACUGGGAAGAAGACCCGUCCUGGGGUCCCCACCGCCUGGCGGUGCUGGUCCCCUUCCGUGAGCGCUUCGAGGAACUCCUGGUUUUUGUACCCCACAUGCACCGCUUCCUGAGCAGGAAGAAGAUCCAGCACCACAUCUAUGUGCUCAACCAGGUGGACCAUUUCAGGUUUAACCGGGCGGCACUCAUCAACGUGGGCUUCCUGGAGAGCAGCAACAGCACGGACUACAUUGCCAUGCACGACGUGGACUUGCUGCCCCUCAACGAGGAGCUGGACUAUGGCUUCCCAGAGGCCGGGCCCUUCCACGUGGCCUCCCCGGAGCUCCACCCGCUCUACCACUACAAGACCUACGUGGGCGGCAUCCUGCUGCUCUCCAAGCAGCACUACCAGCUGUGCAAUGGCAUGUCCAAUCGCUUCUGGGGCUGGGGCCGUGAGGACGAUGAGUUCUACCGCCGCAUCAAAGGAGCCGGGCUCCAGCUUUUCCGCCCUUCCGGAAUCACAACUGGGUACAAGACGUUUCAGCACCUGCAUGACCCAGCCUGGCGCAAGAGGGACCAGAAGCGCAUUGCAGCUCAAAAACAGGAACAAUUCAAGGUGGACCGGGAGGGAGGCCUGAGCACUGUGCGGUACCACGUGGAUUCCCGAACAGCCCUGUCUGUGGGUGGAGCCCCCUGCACGGUCCUCAACAUCAUGCUGGACUGCGAUCAGGCUGCCACCCCCUGGUGCACAUUUGGCUGAGCUGACUGGACAGUACAAAGCCUGGGCCGGCAGGACACACUGCUGCUCACCCAGCACAAGGCCUCAGCCGGGCCAGCUCCCAUAGGAUGUGAGUGGCCUGAAGCUGCCAGUGGCGGGCAGAGCUGGGCCAGGACAGACAUUGUGCCUGGCCACCACCAGCAAUAAACAGUGAUGGGGAGAGGCUGGAGUGAGGCCCUGCUGGGACAGGCCACCCUGCCAUCUCACCUGCCCCGCUCACCCUCCUUCGUGUGCUGAGACCUGAGCAUGGUGGGAGGGGUCCUGGCCAGCAGGGUUGAACAGGACCACUCUGAUCAUCCUGGCUUUGGUCUCUUCCACAUUGGGCCACCUUGGGCAGAGACACAGUUUGGAAGCCAGGCAGCUGAUGUCGGUGGACCAGGACAUAGGGAGGGCCAGAGACCAGAGUGAGGCUCAGCGCCAGCUGGUGGUCACCAGGCAGGAGUAUGGACUUAGUGUUGCCGGAUCUCCUGGUUUUUUCAAAAGAAACCAGAAUUCUGGAUUCUUAAGUGAAAUCUGAUAUUUAAAUGAUAGCAACUAAUUGAAACUUUCAGAAAGUAUGUCAGGCCAAACAAAAUGUGUUGUGGGUCACCAGUUUGUCACCUUUGGCUG